AAAGAGGAAAAAUGAAAGAAAUUAAAAAAAGAAAAAAGAAAAAAGAGAUUCAGUUAUAGAUUCCCUCUGCUGUUGUUGUUGUUGUUGUAGUCGUCGUUCUUCUUCUUCUUCUUCUUCUUCUUUUCGUCGUUGACUGAUUGAUAGUAGCUCCGACGGAAACCCUAACGUUUGAUUCCGAAGACUGUAGUGAUUGAUUAUUGAUUGGGUUGGGGAGCUAUGAGCAAUCUGAGAACUCUGUGUCGGCCGCAGACGAUGUUUGCUUCCUUUGUCUGUUGCAGGCACCAAGUGGGGUAUUUGACCGGGGUUCCGUUUCAGAAUCCAAAUUUUGAGCCUCGGUUGAAAUCGCCGUCGCCUCCCUCGUCUGUGGCGUCUCCCCAGGUGGACUCGCGGCGUCCACUUAGGGUGGUUGAGCAGAGGUUGAGGUCGUUUCGGCUGAACCAGAGGAGGACCAUGACUAGGGCAUCGAACUGGACGGAGGAGAAAUCUCCCUACGAGACUCUUGAGCUGGAAAGGGAUGCUGAUGAGGAGCAGAUAAAGGUUGCCUAUCGACGCCUCGCCAAGUAUUAUCAUCCGGAUGUUUACGACGGCAGAGGGACACUCAAAGAAGGGGAAACAGCAGAAGCUAGAUUCAUUAAGAUUCAGGCUGCUUAUGAAUUGCUUAUAGAUGACGAGAAACGGAGGCAGUACGAUAUGGAUAAUCGAGUUAACCCUAUGAAGGCAUCUCAAGCGUGGAUGGAGUGGCUUAUGAAAAAGCGAAAAGCUUUUGAUCAGCGUGGCGAUAUGGCCAUUGCAGCUUGGGCUGAACAGCAGCAGCUUGAGAUGAAUCUUCGAGCACGCCGUCUUUCGCGUUCAAAGGUUGAUCCCGAAGAGGAAAAGAGACUACUCGCAAAAGAAAAGAAGGCAUCAAGAGAACUCUUCAACAGCACUCUGAAACGACAUACGCUUGUCUUAAAGAAGAGAGACUUGAUGAGAAAGAAGGCGGAGGAGGAAAAGAAGAAAGUAAUCGGCCAACUCUUAGCCGCAGAGGGCCUUGAGCUAGACACUGAUGAUGAAUGAUUGAUGGACAAACACUGGAAGGCACAGCCAGGCGGAAAGUAUGCCUGCUGAAUUGCACGAUCAUUUUGGAAUAUCCCCAGUUCAUAGUGAGCAAUGCUGUGCGUAACGCAAAAGAUUCAUUUGAAAGAAAUAGAAGUAAAAAUUUGUAUAUAUGAUUACAAUUGGAAAGUGAAUGCAAUAUAGGUAUUCUCUGUCUCACCCACUUAUAUUUU